AUAGACCCCUAGACACUGUACUAGAAGGUAAGUCAAUUCACACUGCAUCCGGCACAUCCGCACCCGAGAGCGCACAGACACCCACGACGGCCCGGGUGGCUUGUCUGUCUGGUUUACGACACCUUUUUCCAUGCGUUUUUUACCGUCCCCAUCAACUCGCCAGCAAUCAAUCCUUUGGCCACUCUUCUCUUUUCACUUUCUUCCUGGUAUUUCCCUUUGGCGUCCAACACUCGCCUACACUUAGAUAUUGCCUACACACGAACCGCGGCUGACCAUAACAGUCGCUUUCACCUACUAGUCUCAUCUAUUCAGACAUAGACCAAUGUCAACCGCCAAGGUAGAGGGGUUCUCUAUUCCUGGCAAUAGCCACAUGUCGCCUCGACCGAUCCAUCGGCCCUUCUCUGACGGCUCAAUGACCGUCGACACUGAUUUAUUGGCCUCCCUCAUGUCCGGAGGCUCUCAUCAAUCAGCGGACCGAGGACAAUUCAAUUUGCCGCCUUCGUCAUUUUCAUUCUCGCAAUCCCUACCUGUUAGGCAUCAUUCCUUUGACUACAGCCUUCCCUCACCGUUAUCCACAAGCAUAAACAUCGCCGGCCAUAUGCGAAACAGUAUCUCCGGCGGGACCGGAGCUAAUUCCGGUGGGGUUUUUAACUCUGUAAAAUUUGGGAAUGAGCAUCCCGAACCGCCUGUCAGCCUUCCGCCUGCAAUGGAUGGCAUUGAGCAAGGUAGCCAUCAGCGUCCCCGCUCGCAAUCUUCUUCUCAUUCGGUAGGCAAAGCCCCUUCAUCCCGUUCGCGUCAAGCACGCAAGUCUAUGACCGAUGUUCGUCCUCCACGCUCGUCCCUGCAACGCGGAAGAAGCCAAGGUCCUACAAGACCGAUGGGCCUUGGGGUGAGCCUCGAUACCCAUGUGGAAGGUGAAAUGACCGACUCUAUCUCUCCACCUGAUUUUGGCGCCAACGGCGCUUUCGGCCUCGCCAUCGCCUCGGGACGCGAUUCGUUCAACAAUGAUACUUCGUCUUGGGCAUCGGGCAGUGUUCCAUCGAUGGUUCCUGGCAGCCUAGGCAGCUUUGACACGGACGAGGUAUUGGUGGAUAGCCCUAUUACUCCGGUAAAGCCUCUCAUGCAGUUGUCAGAUGAAAACUACAAGAAGCAAAGGAGAAGGGAGUGUCAUAAUCUGGUUGAGAAGAGAAGGCGAGAACAUAUCAACGCCAAAAUCGAAGAGCUUGGGACGUUGUUGCCGGAGAAAUAUAACCAAAUCGAUGAGCCUGCAGAGGAAGAAGAUGAGGAUGGCAAGACUAGCGCAAAGAAAAAGAAAAGCAAGCGGGGGGGAAACACUUCUGCCAAGUCUCAGAAAGAUGCCGCACAUUGUAAAGGACGUAUCUUGAGCCAAAGCGUCAACUACAUCCGCGAUCUCAAACAAGUCACCGAGACCCAAGCGAGUCGUAUUUCCCAGCUUGAGCAGCUUCUUAUGAAUUUGGGAGUCAACACUGCCGAUGAGAACGCCAACGUCAACCAGGGGUUUCCCCAACAACACUCUCUGUUCUGGUUGAACAACAACGGACUCAACAACUUCCCUGACUCUGGCGAACACAACCUCCAGGCUAUGCGACCUUCUCCCGAGCCCGAGCGAUCCUUUUCUUUCGAUGUAGUCAACACCCAACCAUGGUCCGAGUCUCAUGACUCUGGCGGCUCGCCGAAUCCGGUCAACGGUAUGCACACACAAGAGAACAAAGAUAUGUUCAUCCCUUUCCAGCCCUCGCCGACGUCGACAAAUUCCUCUCACCCACCCAACAUGUCAGAUUUCCGUCGGCCUAGUCACUCGGGGUCGAGCGAUAUGGAGAUGGACCCUCUUUCUCCUCUUGGAGGUGCGGAGGAAAAGGGUAGGGACAAGUUGAGACAGGAUUCGCAGAUUGAGCUGCAGAUGGGAAUGUCUGGUCUAUUCAACACCAAGUUCUAGGUGAACGAUGGUUGAAUUGCCGUCUCCCAAUCUUGGCGAUCCAUUUUUCUUUCCUCAGCCCGGCUGUUGCGCUUCGAGACUGAAGCACAUGUGUAUACAUUAUUCGACCCAGGGAAUUUUUUUUGGGGCUGGCUUGGAUGGCUUGUUGUUUGUCUUUGAGAUGUUGAUUAUUGUGCCAUAAUGAGCAGUUGGCACGUGUCGUUUGUGUAAGAGACCGAGGCAGAACGGUCGGAGAGUGUAAUGGGAAUUUAUAGGGGUUUAUGCUCUUAAGAGAAUCUGCAGGGUCGAGUGUUCUUCGAUCCAGUCGGAGAAUUCAAUUUUUUAUUUUCAUUUUUCGGUUUUCAUCGUCAUAUCCAUGAUGGACAUUUCUUUACAUAGGUAAACUCGUUCUUUUAGGUAUAGUAUGGUAGAGCUUAUACUUGAUGACUCGUGAUGGGGUAAUACUACCCUCACCAUCCUCGAGGUGGAAGGGAUAGAUGAUUACUGUUUUAUUAUUAGUCUCGCCAAGAUUGAGAGAUGGGAAUUGUACGAGUAGUCACAUGUAAUUUAAUCAUGCAAGG